UUUUACACGAUGGACGGCGACGGUGCAGGGCCGAACGCCAUUACGGUCGUGUUUGACACUUUCAAGAAAGAGACCUUCACGCCUUCCAAAGGCUUGAAACAGCUUCAACGAAGGCUGAAGAUGCAGUACAACAUCAUCGAGAACAAGGAAGGGAUCGAACAAUCAAUAUACAACGUUAGAAACACACAGAUUGCUGUCUUCUGGGGUCCUCGCGAGAAGUUCACCAAGUCAGAGUUUGCUGUCAUUAAGAACUACCUUGAGGAUGGUGGGAGCGUGUUUAUGUUAUUGGGAGAAGGAGGAGAGGGAAAAUAUGGAACAAACAUCAAUUUUUUGCUGGAGGAGUAUGGGAUCUACAUCAAUUCCGAUUGUGCCGUGCGAUCAGUGUAUCACAAGUACCUACAUCCGAAGGAAGUGCUGAUAUCCAACGGAGUGUUGAAUCGAGAGCUUUCUCAUGCAAUAGCUCGCCUUCCAGGAGCGUCCAAGAGCGAGAGGGAAAGCGUCGAUCUCUCCUCCACACAGCAUGAUUUGCACGGGGGGCUAGAAAUCGUGUUCCCGUAUGGAGCGACACUGAAUGUUCAGAAACCUGCCAUCCCCCUGCUGUCGACGGGUCAGGAAUCUUAUCCCCUGAAUCGGCCGGUAUUAGCAGUGUAUGACGGAAAGUUGUUGCACAAGCAGGGGAAAUUGAUUGUACUCGGGUCAGACAAAGUGUUCAAUGACGAAUGGUUGUUAAAGGAGGAAAACGGGAAAUUAUUGGAUGUCCUUAUGAAAUGGUUGGUGCCGGGGCAGGAGAUCAAACUCAACUCCAACGAUGCUGAAGAUCCGGACAUCAACGAGUAUCAUCACGUUCCGGACACUGGGGCACUGGCAAGUCGCGUCCGGUGCUGCCUUCAGGAGGCUGAGGAGAUCCCCCGGGACUUUGCGUCCAUGUUUGACGACAAGCUGUUUAAGUUUGACACCGACGAGAUUCCGGAGGCGAUCAAACUCUACAAGCAGCUCGACGUCAAGCACGAAGUGCUCACCCUCAUCCCUCCGCAAUUCGAGGCUCCCCUGCCUCCGCUUCAACCCGCUGUCUUCCCUCCUGCCCUCAGAGAGCCUCCUCCGCCAGCUCUCGACCUCUUCGACCUCGACGAGCAGUUCGCGUCGGAGAGGGUGAGGCUAGCCAAGCUGACCAACAAAUGCAAGGACCCCGACAGCUUAGACUUCUACGUGAAGCACUCAGCGGAGAUUCUAGGUGUGACGAAUAAGCUUCCCGAGGGCAAGAAGACAGCCAAGCAUUGCCUCGAAGUUAUCUUGCGCGAACUUGUAAAUUGGAAGCGGAUGGCACCCGAUACUUCGCUGUCAGGAAACGCGAUCGGACAACAUCUUUGAGGCAUGAGAAAGGAUUAAUGAAGGCAUCAC